CAGAGCAGGUACUUGAUCACCAUGGGGACCACGAGGAUGUCCCAGAAAUGGAUGCUGAGAUGGGCUGUAUUACUAAUAGGGCUGCAGUCAACACAAGCUGAUUUUAUUGAAGAUUAUGGACGUACAGAAGAUAUGGACAAUGGCUGGCAAACAACAGUGUUUCCCACCCCGACUGUGAUGAUAACUACAGCCGGACCAGAUCCUCGUCAUCUAUCCACAAUCUGCAGCACAUGGGGAAAUUUCCACUUCAAGACAUUUGAUGGUCAUUUCUUUCAAAUGGCUGACACAUGUGACUACGUUCUGGCGGUGAUGUGCGACACAACUGCAUCUGAUUUUAACAUCCAAAUGCAAAGAAAGAUUGUGAAUGGCUCAGCCACUUUUAAGUCAGUCACUAUACAGCUGCAGGGGACGGUCAUCAAACUCAGUGAUGGCAAAAUACUCAUGGACGACCAAGAGUUAACUAUUCCAACCUUUGAACAUGGAAUUAAAAUCGAGGGAAGCUCAUCAAGUGUAAAGAUUUCUAAACAAAAUGGAGUCACUAUCUUUUGGGAAGAGGCGCAGUCUUUACUGAUUGAACUUCCUGAGAAAUACCGAGGGCAGACUUGCGGACUUUGUGGAAACUUCAAUGGCAACCAAGUCGAUGAUAUUAGUUAUGAUCUGGCCGCAUGGAAGUUGGCUACAGUAGAAUCCUGCGAAGAUGUCACACUUCCCCAAGACGAUCAGUGUGAAAGCAAGGGACACGUUUGUCAAGAGUAUCUCAGCAGUUCAGGGUUAUAUGACUGUCGCCACGUGUUGGACUUAAGUUACUUUGAGAAAGCCUGCGCAGAUGACCUGUGUCAGUGUCACGGCAACCAAGACUGUAUCUGCAACACGCUUACAGAAAUAUCACGACAGUGCACACAUGCUGGUGGCAAGCCAGGAACAUGGAGAACAGAGGAAUUAUGUCCAGCAAAAAAAUGUCCACCAAACAUGGUAUACAUGGAGUGUGCUGGCCCAUGCAAAAAUACUUGCUCGGAUCCAGGUGGAAGUCCGCAGUGUACAGAACACUGUGUAGAUGGCUGUUUCUGCCCUGAGGGCACUGUGGAAGACAACAUUGGUAACAGUGGUUGCAUUCCCGUAAACAAAUGUCCAUGUAUGCAUGACGGCACAAUAUACCAGACUGGAGAGUCAUACGAGCAAGCGUGUAAACAAUGCGAGUGUGCUGCUGGACGCUGGAGUUGCACGAAUCUGGAAUGUCCUGGAAUCUGCUCUGUUGUGGGAGGCUCUCACAUCACCACCUAUGAUGGAAAAACCUUCAGCUUUAAUGGCAACUGUGACUACAUCCUCACUAAGCACUCUAAUGACAGUGACAUCGCUGUUAUUGGAAAUCUGGCAAUGUGUGAUUUGAUGAGAACAGGCACGUGUUUGAAUUCUGUUACUAUUGUCAUCUCCGGGACCACCAUUAGUUUUUCAUCCAGUGGGACUGUCACACUAAACGGAAACAGUCCAUAUGAUCUUCCAGUGUCCACAGAACAAGUAGUCAUCUUUCAGCCCUCUUCUUCCUUCAUUAUCGCUGAUAUGAAGAGUCUUCGUGUGGAGAUUCAACUGUCUCCAAUUAUGCAGUUGUAUAUUGUAGCCAGCACUACAGAGAAAGGCAAAAUGAGUGGUCUGUGUGGGAACUAUAACGAUAUCCAAAAAGAUGACUUUAAAACAGCUUCAGGCAUUAUUGAAGGAACACCAACAACCUUUGUCAACUUUUGGAAAAAAGUAUACAGUUGUUCAGAUGUUGAAAACACAUUUGAUAACCCCUGCAGUCUAAGUGUGGACACAGAGAAACUUGCAAAAGACUGGUGUUCGCGUCUCACAGACCCAAAUGGAACCUUUUCCUCUUGUCAUUCAGAAAUAUGUCCAGAGAAAUAUUAUACAAACUGUGUUUAUGACACCUGUAAGUGUGCUGAUGUCGGCAACUGUUACUGUGCGGCCCUCUCCGCCUAUGCCCAUGCAUGCGCCGCAAGAGGGAUCAUUCUCCAGGGCUGGCUGGAUUCAUACUCCUGCGACAAAUAUUCCAAGUGUUCAGACCAUAUGAAGUACUCUUACAGCGUCACCAGUUGUAGCAACACCUGCCGUUCUCUCAGUGGAAAGGACCACACCUGCAAAGUGUUUACACCUGUAGAAGGCUGCAUUUGUCCCGAGGAUACCUAUCUUAACGAUGCAGGCAGCUGUGUGCAUGCUGACCAGUGCCCUUGUUACUAUGACAACAAGGUCAUAGACCCAUCAGGAUCUUUAAACAUAGAUGGUUUUAAAUGCACCUGCACUCAUGGCAUGUUACACUGCUCCAGUCAUCAAGACUGUGUUGAUCCAAUGGUCUAUUUCAACUGCUCCAGUGAACCUGGACAAAAAGGCACAGAGUGUCAGAGGACAUGUCAGAACCAAGACCCAAACAACUGUGUGAGCACAGGGUGUGUAUCAGGUUGUAUGUGCCCAGAUGGCUUUCUGGUUGAUGGUAAUGGUGGAUGUGUGAAGAAGCAAGACUGCCAGUGUACCCACAAUGGAGUAAACUACUCACCUGGGGAGCAGGUUCAACAAGAUUGUAACAACUGCACAUGCAAAAAUGGUAUGUGGGCUUGUACAGAAAAUGAAUGUUACGGCACCUGUACCAUCUAUGGUGAAGGUCAUUUUAGGACUUUUGAUGGCAAGAGAUAUUCUUACUACGGAACUUGCCAAUACAUCUUGGCACAGGAUCACUGCGAUGUACAGAGCAGUUCCUCCUUCAGCCUUGUAACUGAGAACAUCCCAUGUGAAAGCACCAACUCCAUUUGCUCCACAUCCAUCAGUCUGGUUGUUGGGAGAUUCACAAUAAUCUUAGGGUCUGGAGAUAAGGUCAAAGUUGUUGAAGGAAAUGGAACUGAUCACAAAUAUCAAAUCUAUUCUGCUGGGAUAUAUACUGUCAUAGAGGUAGAAAAAAUGUUAAACUUAAUUUGGGAUCGCAAAACAAGCCUUAUGCUUCAACUCCAUCAGAAUCUAAAGGGCGAAGUGUGUGGACUGUGUGGAAACUUUGACGGCAACGCCAAUAAUGACAUUGUGAAAAAAGAUGGAGAAGAGGUCACUGAUGUGGUGGUGUUUGGAAAUAGCUGGAAAGUGAGUGCAAGCUGCCCAGAAGUGAACAGUUUGAUAAACCCCUGUGAGAAAAACCCUCACCGGAGUGCCUGGGCUCAGAGGAAAUGCAGCCACAUUACAAGCAAUGUCUUUACAGAUUGCCAUUCACUAGUGGACUCUGCCCCAUACUAUGAUGCCUGUGUGAGGGACACCUGUGCAUGUGAUUCUGGGGGAGAUUGUGAUUGUUUGUGUACAGCAUUGUCUGCUUAUGCUGCUGAAUGCCGUAAAAGGGGAGCUUGCGUGACAUGGCGCAGCCAAGAAUUUUGUCCUUUAUUCUGUGACUACUACAAUGGUGAUGAAGAAUGUGUGUGGCACUAUGAAAACUGUAGCUCAACCUGCAUGAAAACCUGCAAAAACCGCUUAGGAGAAUGUUCUAAAAAUGCAAAACAAAUACCUCGCCUUGAAGGAUGUUUUCCUCAGUGCCCUUCAGACAGGCCAUAUUUCAGGGAGGACAUUAUGAAAUGUGUUCCGGAGAUUACAUGUGACUAUUGUUUAUAUGACAAUGAGCUCUAUCCCCCUGGAACUGUACUUUACAGCACCAAUGAUGGAAGUGAUACUUGUUUCAGUGGGACAUGUUUAUCAAAUGGGGAAAUUGAAAGACAUAUUUUUAAAUGCAUACAUACACCAACUCCCACACCUUUCAUUUUUUCAACUACAACUGUCACCACUACACCCACAACAACAAAGACAUCUAUGACCACAACAACAGAAACACCAACGACAACAACAACUACUGAAACACCCACAACAACAGAGACACCAACAACAACAACCACUCCUACAACAACAACUACUGAAACACCAACCCCCACAACACCAGAGACAACAACAUCCACAAUCACUCCUACAUCAACAACAACUACUGAAACACCAACACCCUGUUACCCGAACAUCUGUAACUGGUCACCCUGGAUUGACAGCAACCCACCCAGUACAGAACCUUAUGGGUUUGAAACAGAAUCCAUCGAUAAAUUGUGGAAAUCAGAACAAAUUUCCUGUCAGAACCCUGAAGAUAUUGAAUGUAGAGCAGUAGAUUAUUCAGGACAAUCCUUGGAAUCUUUAGGACAAAAAGUGUAUUGCAAUACAUCCUUUGGACUGACAUGUUCAAAUAGGGAAAAUAUAAAUUUGAACAGCAUACCACCACUCUGUUAUAAUUAUGAAAUACGUGUAAAAUGUUGUAAUUCUUGCCCAACACCAGAGACAACAACAUCCACAACCACUCCUACAACGACAACUACUGAAACACCAACCCCCACAACACCAGAGACAACAACAUCCACAACCACUCCUACAACAACUACUGUAACACCAACACCAACAGAGACAACAACAUCCACAACCACUCUUACAACAACAACUACUGAAACACCAACCCCCACAACACCAGAGACAACAACAUCCACAACCACUCCUACAACAACUACUGUAAUACCAACCCCCACAACACCAGAAACAACAACAUACACAACCACUCCUACAACGACAACUACUGAAACACCAACCCCCACAACAACAGAGACAACAACAUCCACAACCACUCCUUCAACAACUACUGUAACACCAACACCUAUAACACCAGAGACAACAACAUCCACAACCACUCCUACACCAACAACUGUAACACCAACACCAACAGAGACAACAACAUCCACAACAACUACUGAAACACCAACCCCCACAACACCAGAGAAAACAACAUCCACCACCACUCCUACAACAACUACUGUAACACCAACCCCCACAACACCAGAAACAACAACAUCCACAACCACUCCUACAACUACUGAAACACCAACACCCACAACACCAGAGACAACAACAUCCACAACGACUCCUACAACAACAACUACUGAAACACCAACACCCUGUUACCCCAACAUCUGUAAAUGGUCACCCUGGAUUGACAGCAACCCACCCAGUACAGAACCUUAUGGGUUUGAAACAGAAUCCAUCGAUAAAUUGUGGAAAUCAGAACAAAUUUCCUGUCAGAACCCUGAAGAUAUUGAAUGUAGAGCAGUAGAUUAUUCAGGACAAUCCUUGGAAUCUUUAGGACAAAAAGUGUAUUGCAAUACAUCCUUUGGACUGACAUGUUCAAAUAGAGAAAAUUUAAAUUUGAACAGCAUACCACCACUCUGUUAUAAUUAUGAAAUACGUGUAAGUUGUUGUAAUUCUUGCCCAACACCAGAGACAACAACAUCCACAACAACUCCUACAACAACAACUACUGAAACACCAACACCCUCAACACCAGAAACAACAACAUCCACAACCACUCCUACAACAACAACUACUGAAACACCAACACCCACAACACCAGAGACAACAACAUCCACAACCACUCCUACAACAACUACUGUAACACCAACACCAACAGAGACAACAACAUCCACAACCACUCCUACAACAACAACUACUGAAACACCAACACCCACAACAACAGAGACAACAACAUCCACAACCACUCCUACAACAACAACUACUGAAACACCAACCCCCACAACACCAGAAACCACAACAUCCACAACCACUCAUACAACAACUACUGUAACACCAACACCAACAGAGACAACAACAUCCACAACCACUCCAACAACAACAACUACUGAAACACCCACAACACCAGAGACAACAACAUCCACAACCACUCCUACAACAACUACUGUAACACCAACACCAACAGAGACAACAACAUCCACAACCACUCCUACAACAACAACUACUGAAACACCAACACCCACAACAACAGAGACAACAACAUCCACAACCACUCCUACAACAACAACUACUGAAACACCAACCCCCACAACACCAGAAACCACAACAUCCACAACCACUCCUACAACAACUACUGUAACACCAACAGAGACAACAACAUCCACAACCACUCCUACAACAACAACUACUGAAACACCAACACCCACAACAACAGAGACAUCAACAUCCACAACCACUCCUACAACAACAACUACUGAAACACCAACCCCCACAACACCAGAAACAACAACAUCCACAACCACUCCUACAACAACUACUGUAACACCAACAGCAACAGAGACAACAACAUCCACAACCACUCCUACAACAACAACUACUGAAACACCAACACCCACAACACCAGAGACAACACCAUCCACAACCACUCCAACAACUACUGAAACACCAACACCCACAACACCAGAGACAACAACAUCCACAACCACUCCUACAACAACAACUACUGAAACACCAACACCCUGUUACCCCAACAUCUGUAAAUGGUCACCCUGGAUUGACAGCAACCCACCCAGUACAGAACCUUAUGGGUUUGAAACAGAAUCCAUCGAUAAAUUGUGGAAAUCAGAACAAAUAUCCUGUCCGAACCCUGAAGAUAUUGAAUGUAGAGCAGUAGAUUAUUCAGGACAAUCCUUGGAAUCUUUAGGACAAAAAGUGUAUUGCAAUACAUCCUUUGGACUGACAUGUUCAAAUAGAGAAAAUUUAAAUUUGAACAGCAUACCACCACUCUGUUAUAAUUAUGAAAUACGUGUAAGAUGUUGUAAUUCUUGCCCAACACCAGAGACAACAACAUCCACAACAACUCCUACAACAACAACUACUGAAACAACAACCCCCACAACAUCAGAGACAACACCAUCCACAACCACUCCUACAACAACUACUGUAACACCAACAGAGACAACAACAUCCACAACCACUCCUACAACAACUACUGUAACACCAACACCAACAGAGACAACAACAUCCACAACCACUCCUACAACAACAACUACUGAAACACCAACACCCACAACAACAGAGACAACAACAUCCACAACCACUCCAACAACUACUGAAACACCAACACCCACAACACCAGAGACAACAACAUCCACAACCACUCCUACAACAACAACUACUGAAACACCAACACCCUGUUACCCCAACAUCUGUAAAUGGUCACCCUGGAUUGACAGCAACCCACCCAGUACAGAACCUUAUGGGUUUGAAACAGAAUCCAUCGAUAAAUUGUGGAAAUCAGAACAAAUAUCCUGUCAGAACCCUGAAGAUAUUGAAUGUAGAGCAGUAGAUUAUUCAGGACAAUCCUUGGAAUCUUUAGGACAAAAAGUGUAUUGCAAUACAUCCUUUGGACUGACAUGUUCAAAUAGAGAAAAUUUAAAUUUGAACAGCAUACCACCACUCUGUUAUAAUUAUGAAAUACGUGUAAGAUGUUGUAAUUCUUGCCCAACACCAGAGACAACAACAUCCACAACAACUCCUACAACAACAACUACUGAAACACCAACCCCCACAACAUCAGAGACAACACCAUCCACAACCACUCCUACAACAACUACUGUAACACCAACACCAACAGAGACAACAACAUCCACAACCACUCCUACAACAACUACUGUAACACCAACACCAACAGAGACAACAACAUCCACAACCACUCCUACAACAACAACUACUGAAACACCAACACCCUCAACACCAGAGACAACAACAUCCACAACCACUCCUACAACAACAACUACUGAAACACCAACACCCACAACACCAGAGACAACAACAUCCACAACCACUCCUACAACAACUACUGUAACACCAACACCUACAGAGACAACAACAUCCACAACCACUCCUACAACAACAACUACUGAAACACCAACCCCCACAACACCAGAAACCACAACAUCCACAACCACUCCUACAACAACUACUGUAACACCAACACCAACAGAGACAACAACAUCCACAACCACUCCUACAACAACAACUACUGAAACACCAACACCCACAACACCAGAGACAACACCAUCCACAACCACUCCUACAACAACAACGACUGAAACACCAACCCCCACAACACCAGAGACAACAACAUCCACAACCACUCCUACAACAACUACUGUAACACCAACACCAACAGAGACAACAACAUCCACAACCACUCCUACAACAACAACUACUGAAACACCAACCCCCACAACACCAAAGACAACAACAUCCACAGCCACUCCUACAACAACAACUGAAACACCAACACCCACAACACCAGAGACAACAACAUCCACAACCACUCCUACAACAACUACUGUAACACCAACACCAACAGAGACAACAACAUCCACAACCACUCCUACAACAACAACUACUGAAACACCAACACCCACAACACCAGAGACAACACCAUCUACAACCACUCCUACAACUACUGAAACACCAACACCCACAACACCAGAGACAACAACAUCCACAACCACUCCUACAACAACUACUGUAACACCAACAACACCAGAGACAACAACAUCCACAACCACUCCUACAUCAACAACAACAACAACUACUGAAACACCAACACCCUGUUACCCCAACAUCUGUAACUGGUCACUCUGGAUUGACAGCAACCCACCCAGUACAGAACCUUAUGGGUUUGAAACAGAAUCCAUCGAUAAAUUGUGGAAAUCAGAACAAAUUUCCUGUCAGAACCCUGAAGAUAUUGAAUGUAGAGCAGUAGAUUAUCCAGAACAAUCCUUGGAAUCUUUAGGACAAAAAGUGUAUUGCAAUACAUCCUUUGGACUGACAUGUUCAAAUAGGGAAAAUUUAAAUUUGAACAGCAUACCACCACUCUGUUAUAAUUAUGAAAUACGUGUAAAAUGUUGUAAUUCUUGCCCAACACCAGAGACAACAACAUCCACAACCACUCCUACAACAACAACUACUGAAACACCAACCCCCACAACAUCAGAGACAACAACAUCCACAACCACUCCUACAACAACUACUGUAACACCAACACCAACAGAGACGACAACAUCCACAACCACUCCUACAACAACAACUACUGAAACACCAACCCCCACAACACCAAAGACAACAACAUCCACAGCCACUCCUACAACAACAACUGAAACACCAACACCCACAACACCAGAGACAACAACAUCCACAACCACUCCUACAACAACAACUGAAACACCAACACCCACAACACCAGAGACAACAACAUCCACAACCACUCCUACAACAACUACUGUAACACCAACACCAACAGAGACAACAACAUCCACAACCACUCCUACAACAACAACUACUGAAACACCAACACCCACAACACCAGAGACAACACCAUCUACAACCACUUCUACAACUACUGAAACACCAACACCCACAACACCAGAGACAACAACAUCCACAACCACUCCUACAACAACUACUGUAACACCAACACCAACAGAGACAACAACAUCCACAACCACUCCUACAACAACAACUACUGAAACACCAACCCCCACAACACCAGAGACAACAACAUCCACAACCACUCCUACAUCAACAACAACAACAACAACUACUGAAACACCAACACCCUGUUACCCCAACAUCUGUAACUGGUCACUCUGGAUUGACAGCAACCCACCCAGUACAGAACCUUAUGGGUUUGAAACAGAAUCCAUCGAUAAAUUGUGGAAAUCAGAACAAAUUUCCUGUCAGAACCCUGAAGAUAUUGAAUGUAGAGCAGUAGAUUAUUCAGGACAAUCCUUGGAAUCUUUAGGACAAAAAGUGUAUUGCAAUACAUCCUUUGGACUGACAUGUUCAAAUAGGGAAAAUUUAAAUUUGAACAGCAUACCACCACUCUGUUAUAAUUAUGAAAUACGUGUAAAAUGUUGUAAUUCUUGCCCAACACCAGAGACAACAACAUCCACAACCACUCCUACAACAACAACUACUGAAACACCAACCCCCACAACACCAGAGACAACAACAUCCACAACCACUCUUACAACAACUACUGAAACACCAACACCCACAACACCAGAGACAACAACAUCCACAACCACUCCUACACCAACAACUACUGAAACACCAACACCCACAACUCCAGAGACAACAACAUCCACAACCAGUCCUACAACAACAACUACUGAAACACCAACCCCCACAACACCAGAGACAACAACAUCCACAACCACUCCUACAACAACAACUACUGAAACACCAACCCCCACAACAUCAGAGACAACAACAUCCACAACCACUCUUACAACAACUAAUGUUACACCAACACCUAUAACACCAGAGACAACAACACCCACAACCACUCCUUCAACAACAACUACUGAAACACCAACACCCACAACACCAGAGACAACAACACCCACAACCACUCCUACAACAACUACUGUAACACCAACCCCCACAACACCAGAAACAACAACAUCCACAACCACUCCUACAACUACUGAAACACCAACACCCACAACACCAGAGACAACAACAUCCACAACGACUCCUACAACAACAACUACUGAAACACCAACCCCCACAACACCAGAAACAACAACAUCCACAACCACUCCUACAACAACUACUGUAACACCAACACCAACAGAGACAACAACAUCCACAACCACUCCUACAACAACAACUACUGAAACACCAACCCCCACAACACCAGAGACAACAACAUCCACAACCACUCCUACAACAACUACUGUAACACCAACACCAACAGAGACAACAACAUCCACAACCACUGCUACAACAACAACUACUGAAACACCAACCCCCACAACACCAAAGACAACAACAUCCACAGCCACUCCUACAACAACAACUGAAACACCAACACCCACAACACCAGAGACAACAACAUCCACAACCACUCCUAGAACAACUACUGUAACACCAACACCAACAGAGACAACAACUUCCACAACCACUCCUACAACAACUACUGUAACACCAACACCAACAGAGACAACAACAUCCACAACCACUCCUACAUCAACAACAACAACAACUACUGAAACACCAACACCCUGUUACCCCAACAUCUGUAACUGGUCACUCUGGAUUGACAGCAACCCACCCAGUACAGAACCUUAUGGGUUUGAAACAGAAUCCAUCGAUAAAUUGUGGAAAUCAGAACAAAUUUCCUGUCAGAACCCUGAAGAUAUUGAAUGUAGAGCAGUAGAUUAUUCAGGACAAUCCUUGGAAUCUUUAGGACAAAAAGUGUAUUGCAAUACAUCCUUUGGACUGACAUGUUCAAAUAGGGAAAAUUUAAAUUUGAACAGCAUACCACCACUCUGUUAUAAUUAUGAAAUACGUGUAAAAUGUUGUAAUUCUUGCCCAACACCAGAGACAACAACAUCCACAACCACUCCUACAACAACAACUACUGAAACACCAACCCCCACAACAUCAGAGACAACAACAUCCACAACCACUCUUACAACAACUACUGAAACACCAACACCCACAACACCAGAGACAACAACAUCCACAACCACUCCUACACCAACAACUACUGAAACACCAACACCCACAACUCCAGAGACAACAACAUCCACAACCAGUCCUACAACAACAACUACUGAAACACCAACCCCCACAACACCAGAGACAACAACAUCCACAACCACUCCUACAACAACAACUACUGAAACACCAACCCCCACAACAUCAGAGACAACAACAUCCACAACCACUCUUACAACAACUACUGAAACACCAACACCCACAACACCAGAGACAACAACAUCCACAACCACUCCUACACCAACAACUACUGAAACACCAACCCCCACAACACCAGAGACAACAACAUCCACAACCACUCCUACAACAACAACUACUGAAACACCAACCCCCACAACAUCAGAGACAACAACAUCCACAACCACUCCUACAACAACUACUGUAACACCAACACCAACAGAGACAACAACAUCCACAACCACUGCUACAACAACAACUACUGAAACACCAACCCCCACAACACCAAAGACAACAACAUCCACAGCCACUCCUACAACAACAACUGAAACACCAACACCCACAACACCAGAGACAACAACAUCCACAACCACUCCUAGAACAACUACUGUAACACCAACACCAACAGAGACAACAACUUCCACAACCACUCCUACAACAACUACUGUAACACCAACACCAACAGAGACAACAACAUCCACAACCACUCCUACAUCAACAACAACAACAACUACUGAAACACCAACACCCUGUUACCCCAACAUCUGUAACUGGUCACUCUGGAUUGACAGCAACCCACCCAGUACAGAACCUUAUGGGUUUGAAACAGAAUCCAUCGAUAAAUUGUGGAAAUCAGAACAAAUUUCCUGUCAGAACCCUGAAGAUAUUGAAUGUAGAGCAGUAGAUUAUUCAGGACAAUCCUUGGAAUCUUUAGGACAAAAAGUGUAUUGCAAUACAUCCUUUGGACUGACAUGUUCAAAUAGGGAAAAUUUAAAUUUGAACAGCAUACCACCACUCUGUUAUAAUUAUGAAAUACGUGUAAAAUGUUGUAAUUCUUGCCCAACACCAGAGACAACAACAUCCACAACCACUCCUACAACAACAACUACUGAAACACCAACCCCCACAACAUCAGAGACAACAACAUCCACAACCACUCUUACAACAACUACUGUAACACCAACACCUAUAACACCAGAGACAACAACAUCCACAGCCACUCCUACAACAACAACAACUGAAACACCAACACCCACAACACCAGAGACAACAACAUCCACAACCACUCCUACACCAACAACUACUGAAACACCAACACCCACAACUCCAGAGACAACAACAUCCACAACCAGUCCUACAACAACAACUACUGAAACACUAACCCCAACAACACCAGAAACAACAACAUCCACAACCACUCCUACAACAACUACUGUAACACCAACACCAACAGAGACAACAACAUCCACAACCACUCCUACAACAACAACUACUGAAACACCAACACCCACAACACCAGAGACAACAACAUCCACAACCACUCCUACACCAACAACUACUGAAACACCAACACCCACAACUCCAGAGACAACAACAUCCACAACCACUCCUACACCAACAACUACUGAAACGCCAACACCCACAACUCCAGAGACAACAACUUCCACAACCAGUCCUACAACAACUACUGUAACACCAACACCAACAGAGACAACAACAUCCACAACCACUCCUACACCAACAACUACUGAAACACUAACACCCACAACUCCAGAGACAACAACAUCCACAACCAGUCCUACAACAACUACUGUAACAGCCACAACACCAGAGACAACAACAUCCACAACCACUCCUACAACAAUUACUGUAACACCAACACCAACAGAGACAACAACAUCCACAACUCCAGAGACAACAACAUCCACAACCAGUCCUACAACAACAACUACUGAAACACCAACACCCACAACUCCAGAGACAACAACAUCCACAACCAGUCCUACAACAACAACUACUGAAACACCAACACCCACAACACCAGAGACAACAACAUCCACAACUCCAGAGACAACAACAUCCACAACUCCAGAGACAACAACAUCCACAACCAGUCCUACAACAACAACUACUGAAACACCAACACCCACAACUCCAGAGACAACAACAUCCACAACCAGUCCUACAACAACAACUACUGAAACACCAACACCCACAACACCAGAGACAACAACAUCCACAACCACUCCUACACCAACAACUACUGAAACACCAACACCCACAACUCCAGAGACAACAACAUCCACAACCAGUCCUACAACAACAACUACUGAAACACCAACCCCCACAACACCAGAAACAACAACAUCCACAACCACUCCUACAACAACUACUGUAACACCAACACCAACAGAGACAACAACAUCCACAACCACUCCUACACCAACAACUACUGAAACAGCAACACCCACAACUCCAGAGACAACAACUUCCACAACCAGUCCUACAACAACUACUGUAACACCAACACCAACAGAGACAACAACGUCCACAACCACUCCUACAACAACUACUGUAACACCAACAGCAACAGAGACAACAACAUCCACAACCACUCCUACAACAACUACUGUAACACCAACACCAACAGAGACAACAACAUCCACAACCACUCCUACAACAACUACUGUAACACCAACACCAACAGAGACAACAACAUCCACAACCACUCCUACACCAACAACUACUGAAACAGCAACACCCACAACUCCAGAGACAACAACUUCCACAACCAGUCCUACAACAAUUACUGUAACACCAACACCAACAGAGACAACAACAUCCACAACCACUCCUACAACAACAACUACUGAAACACCAACCCCCACAACACCAGAGGCAACAACAUCCACAACUACUCUAACAACAACCAUUAGUAUGACAACAACUACUGUAACACCAACAGCAACACAGACACCAACCACAACCCCUUUAAUUAUAAGUACACAUUCAACAACCCCCCAAAAAACACACCCUCAAGUUUGCGGCUGCACAUACUUGAAUGAAACUUUCCUACCAAACUCUACGAUCUACAAUGUAACAGACAAAGCGGGUUGGUGCUUCUUUGCUUAUUGCAACGCCUCUUGUUAUACUGUAAAAUGGACUGGACCAUGUAACCCGCACCCGACUCAACCACCUCCCAAAAACUGUGAAAACAACCAUAAGCAUGGGGAUUCAUGGAUAGAAGAUUGUAAGAACAAAACCUGUGUUAAUGGUGAAAUUAAGGUUCAACCUCUACCAUGUGAGAAAUCCAGUAUACCUCAAUGUGUAAAUGGUCUAAAUCCUGUGUUUUAUGACAGCUGCUGCCCCAAAUAUGAGUGCCCAUGUCAAUGCUAUGGCUGGGGUGACCCUCAUUUCUUAACCUUUGAUGGAAAAUACUACGCUUUUCAAGGGAACUGUACCUAUGUGUUGAUGCAAGAAAUAAUCCCAAAAUACAAUAUCAGUAUCCAUGUUAAAAACUAUUACUGUGAUGUUAAAAACCAUCUGGCUUGCCCUGAGUAUAUAAUAGUAUAUUACAAAUCCUAUACUGUCAAGAUUACUAACACGGAAGUGAUAGAGGUGUUUGUUGAUGGUGAUAAAAAGCAACUUACAUUCGCAAACGAAGCCUUCAUUAUCACCUCAUCGGGUAUGACGGUGAUUUUGAAAAUUGCUGAAAUCAAAGCAGAAGUUCAUGUUACUCACAAGGGUUUUUCAGUGAACCUCCCAUUCUCCUACUUUCAUGGUAACACAGAGGGACAGUGUGGUGUUUGUGACAACAAUACCUCAAAUGACUGCAGACUUCCUAAUGGAACAAUUAAUCAAUCGUGUGAAUACAUGGCAGGAUUGUGGGCAGUACAACCAAACUGCACAACCCCACCACCUCAACCAAAGCCUCCAACUCCCGACUGCAAACCAAAAAUAUGUGAUGUCAUCAACAGCAACUUGUUCAAAAGCUGUCAUCAGUUCGUUCCUCCAGAAGGCUUUUAUCAGGCAUGCAAAUAUGAUGUGUGCCACAUGAACGAAACGUCCGUUGGCUGUCAGAGCGUGGAGGCCUACGCCAAGUUGUGUGGUCAGCAGUCUGCCUGUAUCGACUGGAGAAAUUCUGCAGAUCUUCAAGGGUUAUGUGCAUACAAAUGCCCCAGUAACAAGGUAUACAAGGCUUGUGGGCCUAAAGUGGAAAAAACCUGCAGUACAUGGUACAAUGAUAAAAUUGCAAAGGAUGAAUGCCAUAAUAAAGACUGCCUUGCAGAGGUCAUGGAAGGCUGUUUCUGUCCUAAUAACACAUAUCUGGUUAGUUCGAUGACAGAUGAAUGCACACCUUACUGCGAUUGCAUUGACUCUGAUGGGAUAUCUAGAAAGCCCGGAGAUACAUGGAAUUCAAGCUGUAAGACAUAUACAUGCUCCAAUGAGAGCUUUGGUAUUGUGUCAGAACCUAUGAAGUGUCCAAAUAUAACCUGUCCUAAUGGGUACAAAUCAGUUACUGAAAACUGCUGCCCAACCUGUGUUUGUGAUACUCAGAAGUGUUUUGAGAAGAGAUGUGAUAUUGGAUAUGAGCUGGCAGCAAAUAAAACAAAGGACAGCUGCUGUCCACCCUGUGUGCCUAAAGAUGUUUGUGUGUAUGAGGACACUGAGUACCAACCUGGGGUUAACAUCCCAACAGAUCCCUGCAAGCAAUGUAACUGUGGAAUGGAUAAAGAUCCAGCAACAAAGUUACAUACGGUUACUUGUGUCGAUCUAACCUGCACACCUUGUGCUGAGGGCUUUGAAGAGGUGAAAGUGGAAGGACAGUGUUGUGCAUUAUGUAAGCAAAAAGCCUGCAUAUACGAUGCACCAAACAACACCAAACUAAUUAUCCAGGUUGGAGAAGUGCUCACGCAGAAAUGUGAGAGCAUUUCCUGUCAGCGGAUUAAUGACACGUUUGUGCCGGUGAAGGCCGUGAAAACCUGCCCUGAAUACAAUUCAAAUGAAUGUGUCCCUGGAAGCGAGACAUCAGAUGCAGAUGGAUGCUGCAAGACAUGUGAGCACAGUAACUGUGUUCGAACGAGGAAUACGACCCAAAUUCACGUGAAUGGCUGCACCUCCAUUGGGCCUAUAGAAGUGACUUCCUGCAGUGGUCACUGUGACAGCCAGUCAAUGUAUUCAAUGGAGGCUAACAAAAUGAUGCACAGCUGCUCUUGUUGCCGAGAGAGUAAAAUCAGCACUAAAGAAGUGAAGCUGAAGUGUCCUGAUUACAGCGAGAUCACGUACAGCUACGGCUACACUGAAAGCUGUGAAUGCACACUAACAAAGUGCAUAGAUUAGAAUACUUCUAGCAUAAAAUGUCUUUCAGUUUUUGCCUUGAUUACUGUUGAUUUAAACAUUAUCUGUUGAAUAAGAAAGCUAUUAAAUUAAUGUAAGCGAUUGUAGUGCAUAAUUCACAAACAUUACUUUGGUGAAAAAUUCCACUAUACAGCUUUUUGUUUGUAGUUUGACUUUGAUAGGGUGCUAAGGGAAUUUUGGGAACUGUAUUUCUUUUUCCGGCUUUAUCCUCUCUAUAACUGAAUGAUAUAUAUUGAAUGCUAAAAUGAAUGAUGAAUCCAAUAAAGCAAAAUAAACAGCA